UUAAUGCAUAGCAUUUCUCCUUUAAACAGCUGACUUCACAACUUGGUGAAUCAUUGAAGCCUAUCUCCUCUGGAAAGGUUAAGAAUUCACUUUGAGGUUGCUGAACAAAUAAUACCUGUAUGGUACAGGAUUUAGGAUUCUAUUAAGUGUUUGAGUGUGUAUGUGUCUGUGUUUGCUGUGUGAAUUAGGAGUGGACAUGGGAUGUAACAUUACCCAAUAUGAUUGCUACUGGGCACACGUGGAUUUUAAGUGCAUAAAUUGUGGCUAGUAACAGGUUAAAAUGAUACUAUAUUGGAUAUAUUAUGUUAAACAAAAUAUAUUAUUAAAUUAAUUGAUUCUGUCUAUUUUUAUUUAAUGCGGACAUUAGAAAAUUUUAAAUUACAGUGCCCUCCCCACCCGCAGCUGAGGCCAAGUCAGGAAAGAGUAACAGACAUCUAAAAGCACAAGAAGGCAGAACCUGUGAGAUCUGACCUCAGCUAUAUUCCCAAGAAGUCAAGUGUUCCACCCUCUGAGGGACAGACCCCAACAGACCCCCGCCCACCAAUUUUUUUCUCCAAUAUGCAUAGAUCAGAUCGGGAUAAAGGAAGGAGGCAAGACUCUAUCACAACCUAUGUGUUUGGGGUCAGGUGUCCCCCAACAGCUCCUGAGGAAAUUGUGACUGGACCAGAUGAGCCAGGAGAAACUACAGAUACCCUCAAGCUUUGCCCUCCUGAAGAAUUUCUUAAACUGUAUAAAGAAAGGGCUGAAGAGAUCUAUCCAAUAAAGGAGAUAAAGGCCCGCACUCGUCUGGCUCUCAUCAUAUGCAAUACAGAGUUUGAUCAUCUCCCUCUCAGGAAUGGGGCUGCCCAUGACAUCAUGGGAAUGAAGGGGCUGCUUGAGGGCCUUGGCUACAGUGUGGAUGUGGAAGAGAAACUCACAGCCAGGGAUAUGGAAUCAGUGCUGUGCGGAUUUGCUGCCCGUGAAGAGCACAAAUCUUCAGACAGCACAUUCUUGGUGUUUAUGUCUCAUGGCAUCCUGGAUGGGAUCUGUGGGACUAUGCAUAGUGAUGAAAAACCAGAUGUGCUACCUUAUGACACCAUCUUCAGGAUAUUCAACAACCGCAAUUGCCUCAGUCUAAAGGACAAACCUAAGGUCAUCAUUGUCCAGGCCUGCAGAGGUGCAAAUCGUGGGGAAUUGUGGGUCAGUGAUUCUCCAGCAGCCUUGGCAGACAGCUCUUCACAGUCACCUGAGAACCUGGAGGAGGAUGCCAUUUACAAGACCCAUGUGGAGAAGGACUUCAUUGCUUUCUGCUCCUCAACCCCACAUAAUGUGUCCUGGAGAGACAUCACAAAAGGUUCUCUCUUCAUUACUCAACUCAUCACAUGCUUCCAAAAAUAUUCUUGGCGCUGUCAUCUAGAGGAAGUAUUUAGGAAGGUACAAAAAUCAUUUGAAAAACCAAGUGUUAAAGCCCAGAUGCCCACCAUUGAACGACUCUCCAUGACAAGAUAUUUCUACCUCUUUCCUGGAAAUUGAAAGUAAAAAUCACAGGAAGUUCAGCUGUUUCAACUUCAAGAAGCACUUUUACCAGUACAGAACACAUGUUUAACCUUUUGGCUUUCAGUGAAAAUGAAAACAAAUGAACUGUUUUUUGGGGGGGUCUUCUAAUAGAGAAUAGAAUUUCAGUUAAAAUGGUGGAUGGAUGGAAAUGAAGUGAAAGAAGCAAACUGGGUUUUCUAGUUUUAUUGAAUAUAAUAUCUGCACUUCAUUGAGUGAAGGGAACUGGUCAUGACUUGCUCUCAGCAAUAGGGUGAAAGGAGAUGGUGCGCAUCUGGAGACAAGGGAUGUAAAUUGGUCAGCUCCUCCUUUAUACACUCAUCAAACCCCAGGCCUAGAAUUGUGCAGAAGAAGUUUCCUAAUAUAUUAUUUAACCAACAUCAUAGCUUGAGUUCAUUUUUUUCUCACUAAGUUAUGAUUUUAGCAAAUUACACCUAUGUAUCUUUCUUCCCAUCUAUAAGUUAAUUUGCUUUCUUGUUGAUAAUUUUCUUUUCAGAUUUCUGCAUAUUUCCAAGAUUCAGGAAAAUUUUAUUAUUUAGUAAACAUUUGGUUAUUGUCUAAAAUAAAUUGGGCUUUUGAUUCAAGAAUGUGUAACCGAGUAUGUUUGUAUGGAAAGACAAAUAUUAUUAGAUAUAGAACAGCAAACAGCGAGGGGUGUCAGCAAUGGAAGAGGAGAAUGUUAAAAUUUCUGGAAGGGUGAAUCUUGGUAGAAGAAUUUUGACAACAUGGUCCUCUGAGCUACUAAGUAAGGAGAUGUACCACUUCCAUUACAUACACACAGAAUGCUGAAUAAAUAUUUUAGUACAUGAUGAACUGCAUUAAAAAAAUAAAAGGAUUCUCUAGAU